CAUGCAAGAACUCGAAUGCCUUGCUCAUGGCCUUGUAACCUGUGACUGUUGUCGGCGAGAACGCUCCAGGAAGCGAUCGACGAGAUCGCUCAAAGAACAAUGGGGGCGGAGUGUGGGAAGACGCUAUCAGCGCCUAUUGACCGGCAUAUGCUCUGGUCCGUCGGCUCCGGCGAUCUGCGUAUAAAAGGCGCACACAGAAGCUGGUGACUGGGACGCUCCUCUUCCUGACCCCCACUACCGCAACCUCUACAAAGCUUCACUACCAUGGGUCAGCGCCACCAAGCCUGGAUCAUCGCCCAAGUCAAGCCCCACGGCGGUGGCAAGCCUCGUUAUCGCUGCAUCGGUGGCCUCCACCACCAAUGGUGCUAUGGCUCGCUGCCGUUGAAGGGCCUCAUCCGCAUCGCCACGCUACUCAAGCAAAAGCCGAAUGCGGAGAUCGUCCAGGAAGAGCUACGCAGCAUCGAGGGCAAGUAUGGCUCGCAUCUUGAUGAGGCGCCUAAGAUCCCCAACUGCCCAUGCCGCUACACGACCUUCUUGCUUAACUUGGCAUUCAACGCCGACUUGGACUCUGAUAGCGUCAGUGGCCAGUAUUUUUCUAAUGGCUCGCUUGGCAACGUGUUGCCCGCUUCAUGGGGCUGCUGGGAUGGAGACAACAACGAUGGCCUGACUAUCAUCGAUGUGACCGAUCCCUACAACCCGAGGUACUGCUUCUUGGGAGGCAACGAGACAGAGACCGAGGAUACCGGGCGGCUUACCGCUCAAAAGUACCUGGAAGCCUACUACGACAUCGAACUCGAAGACCCACAGAUGCGCGCGCACCUUCAACAGGUUCUGGACGCUUGCAAAGGGUUUGAGCUCAUCGACGUCGCGGCGCUGCGGGAAGCUUUCCCGUCUGACUUCAAGGGGCCGCCGAGUGUCAAAAAGGCAGAGGAAGAGAAGACUGCGAAGAAGGAAGUGCCGUCCCUCACAUCCCUCACUCUUGGUCCCGUCGUCAAGCAGGCUGUCCAGAGCGGAGAGCUGGAAGCCAUUGAGCCGAUUUUGAUCCAGGCGGACAAGCUCCCUCAGAUUCUGGAGGCGCUUCGCGUCGUUCAGGCGCCUUUUCCGGAUUCGGGCCUUGCCUUCGUUUCCAAGGUCAUCGAGGCCACCAGCAGCUUCGAAGACCUGAAAGGCAUCCAACUCUCGGGCGAGCAGCUCACGAAAGUUAUACCCGUUGACAUCUCAAAUGAUGUACUCGAUUUGUCUGGCAACGCCGUGCUCACCGCCGACGGCCUUCGCGCGCUCCUCGCGCACAACUCCAAGAUCCGCCGUCUUGUCCUCUUCCGCACCGCCAUCUCGAACGAGGACAUGUACAAGCUGCUCGAGACGCCCACCCUCUUCGGCCAUAUCGAGGAGCUCGUCCACCCGCUUCUCAUCUCCUGGAAGCGCGACGCCUUCCCCGCGACAUUCACCCUCCAGCACGUCAGCGACUCCAUGUCCUUCAACGUCGGUGGGGGCGUCCUCAGCGUGCCCAUCAUGAGCCUCAACAACCUCGCCGAAGGCCUGGGUCGGCUCGUCGCCGGGCUUCUCGACCCGCAGAAUGCGAUGAGCUUCGGCGCGGGGGAUGCCCCCUUCGAGGCCGCGCUGAGCACGGGGCACAUCCCCGCUGGCAAGACGUGGGGCGAGCGCGCCGUUUGGUGCACGCCUGUGCGCACGCAGCGCGCCGCGCCGAGCAGCUGGACCUUUGUGCUUAAGUGGGCGUCGUUUGGUGUCGGGGACUCGCAGUACGGGUUGAUCAACACGAAGGUCGGCGCGGACGGGACGAAGGCGGUCACCGCGCAUUCGGCGCAGAGCUUUUUGGAUGCGUUGCAGGAGGAGGGGUACCCUGCGCCCUCUGAGGCCGUCGCACAGAAGUGGAGUGAGAUCUUUGACGCGCUGGACAAGGCAGGCGGUCAGCGGAUGUCGGUCGAUGAGUACAAGGCCGCGACGACCGGCAACAGCAGGCAGCAGAUGAUCGCGCGUAUGAUGGGCCUGGCGAUGUGAUCAGUUUGGAUGCCUGCCAUGUUUUCUGCUUUGUGGGAUGCUGUCGUUGCCUUCAGGUUGCUUGUUUGUUGUCAAUUGUACUAAUAGUCAGCGUAUCUUGUCCGAAAUUCCAAUGCACUUUGAAGUCCCCACGUUCACUAGAGCGACUAAGUGACUUUUGAGGCUAU